CGGAAGUUUCGGGAAAUGUGAGGAAAGCGGUCCGCCGCUAAACACAGGCCGCCGACGUUGCGUACGAUCGUGUGAAGGGAUAAACAUUCAACAAUUCGACGUUUUUUUAAAUCAUGCCCCCAGGUAAAAAUUUUAGGAGGAGGAAGGAGGAUUCAUCUGACGAGGAAGAUGCUGAGACAAAAGCCGUGGUCAGGUCCAAACUGGAUGAAGCCAAGGAGCUUCAAAGUUUACGAAAAAGGCAGCAUGGAGUAAGCAUUGCAACGUUACUUGUAGGAGAGAAGCUUCCUUUGGAGUCUGAGCUUGAGGACGACCCGUUUAAACUGAAGACUGGAGGUGUUGUUGACAUGAAGAAAGUGAAAGAUAGAAAUCGAGACAUGACAGCAGAUGAAAACGACCUGAAUCUCGGUACCUCCUUUUCUGCUGAGACUAACAGACGAGAUGAAGAUGCAGACAUGAUGAAGUACAUUGAGACCGAAUUAAAGAAAAAGAAAGGCAUGGUGGAGGCGGAAGAGCAGAAAGUGAAGGUGAAGAAUCCAGAGGACCUCCUGUACGAGCUUCCAGAGAGCAUCCGUGUCAAUUCUGCCAAAAAGACAGAGGAGAUGUUGUCCAAUCAAAUGCUGAGUGGAAUUCCAGAGGUGGAUCUGGGGAUAGAUGCAAAGAUAAAGAACAUCAUCAGCACAGAAGAAGCCAAAGCAAAGCUGCUUGCUGAGCAGAGGAAUAAAAAGAAGGACAGCAGGACCUCCUUUGUUCCCACUAACAUUGCAGUAAAUUACGUCCAGCAUAAUCGCUUCUAUCAUGAGGAUGUAAACGCUCCCCAGAGACGGCACAGAGAAGAACCCAAAGCCAGGCCACUACGAGUAGGAGACACUGAGAACCCUGCGCCUGAGGCUUCACCACCCAAUUACCGCAAGAGGCCUAAUAACGAGAAGGCCACAGAUGACUACCACUAUGAGAAAUUCAAGAAGAUGAACCGACGAUACUAACCCUCCACCUUUGCUACAGUCACCUGAAUGGACAAUUUUUUUCUGUAAAAUGAGAAAUUUAAAUAUUUUUUACUGUAUUUAAAAAUGUCUUCAUAGCUUGCAUACAGUCAUAAACAUCUUACAAGAAAUCUUCCCCCAAAACAUUGGUUAUCUUUGCAAACUUUAUAAAGCAGAAGAACAUGUUGGUUUCAUUUUAAUGUACCGUGCAGCAUGUUAAUGCAUUAUAAUGUGUUUCAGUUUCCUUGGCUGAAAAUUAGUCUUUGGUCUCGCUUAACAUUCAACAAUAACAAUACGAUCGAAGAUGGCGCCGAUGCUGAUGGCUGCCUCCGUGGCGUGCUCCGCAGUUGUUUUUAUGUUUUUGUUAG